CGUGUGGCAUGGUGAGCAGGGGCGGCAACGACCCACGAUCCCAUGUGAAGGACCUCUGCAAGGACCGGGCCAACGCGUGUGGGUUGAUUCUGAAACCCUUGGACCGCGCCCAGGCCAGGCUGAUGUUGGAGAAGGAGCGGGACUUGUGGUGGCGUCAUGUCGACGCGGAAGCCGUGCGCCCAACCAAACUGCAUGCAGGGUUUAGCUUCAAGCAAAUCGAAAAGGAGCUGGCACUAACGGAAGAGCGAGAGUGGAUGAAAAAACACAAGAAACCCCGUCCGCACGAGUUUACGAUCGCAGAGAAGCGGAUCUUGCGCGAGUGGUUUGACUUGAUGGACGCAGACGGAUCCGGCACGGUCUCGACCGACGAGCUACAGGAAGUGCUUCUCACUCUGGGCCUCGCCUUUACCACGGACGAGUCGAUGAAGAUCAUUCAGUCCAUCGACGUCGAUGGUAGCGGGUGCGUCGACUUUGAAGAGUUUGUCCAAGCGCUGACGCCUCAACAAGGCCGAGCCAAAGCGCGCUUAGACGACUUGAACCGAUACACAUCUUUUGCAGGGCUCAAGAAGAGCAUGAAGGAGCAGAGCCAAGGCCUGUUGGACGCCAAAACUCACGUGUCCAUCGAACGGCGACGAUUCCUCGUCAGUGCUAUCAUGGACAUCGAUGAAAGCGCCGAAAGCAGCGUUGAUGGCGCAAGCGGUGGUCGAAAAAGGCGGAAACGAAAGAGCAACCUGCCAGCCAACACAACGCUUCGAUUGCAUGGGCUAGAAAAAGCUAUCACACGCAAUGCGCGCAACAGAAAAGCUGAAAAAAGCGAGACGUCCCCCACCAACUCUACCGAGAUACAACGACGGAAGGACCUGCAAGCAGCUGCAACAGUCGAAGCACAGAGGCGACUCGAAGCCCGGCAAUACUUGCGCCAUCGUGCAUGUGCUAGCGAAGCCAGCCACCACGACGGCGAUGCUCCCCCACAUGCACAGUUUCGGUCGGCUACCUCGCAGUUAGAUCUGACGCGCACGACCCUUCCGCCUAUUUAAUGCAACUCCCAAC